GCAGAAGCCAAACGCCACAUCAGUCUUCUUCAUCACCCUCACUCUGCAACAAAAUCUCCAUUGAAGCAACAGAAAGAGAGUUAUGGAGGUAGAGCCAGAAGAAAUGAAGUGUCUAGGAGUCGUUGGGAUCUACAGAGAAGCCUACAAGAUCAUCUUCUCAUGGAGGAAGAUCUUCACCCAUAUCACCCUUGCCUUCAUCCUCCCACUAUCCUUCAUAUUCCUAGCUCAUAUCGAAGUAUCCGAUUAUCUCUUAGCCAACAUCAUCGACAAUGAAAACAAUUUGGUUGAAACUCAAAUCGGCACUCUGAAAUACAACAAGAUAUCCCAUCUCCUUUUCUCCAAAUACGCCACUCUCUGCCUUUUCAAAGCCGCAUACCUCCUCUUUACACUCAUCUUCUCCCUUCUAUCCACUUCCGCUAUAGUUUACACCAUCGCUUGCAUCUACACCGGCCAAAAAGUGACCUUCACCAAGGUCCUGACCGUAGUCCCCAAGGUCUGGAAGAGGCUCAUACUCACCUUCUUAACCAUCCUUGCAGUGGUCUUCGUUUAUCACAUAAUUGCAGCACUUUUCCUGAUUUCAUGGAUAGCGUUUAUGGCACCUACCAAUACCGGUUUCUUAAUUUUGUUCUUUCUGGUCGUCUUUUACUUGGUGGGGCUUGUGUACAUGAGCAUAGUCUGGCAACUGGCUAACACAGUAUCGGUGUUAGAAGACUCGUAUGGGAUUGAAGCGAUGAAGAGAAGUAGUGAACUGAUAAAAGGAAAGACGGGUGUCACGGUCUUCAUCUUCUUUAAGCUGGGUUUUUCUUAUAUCAUCAUACAAGCAGCAUUUCAGAGGCUGGUGGUGCAUGGCGAGUCGCUGGACAUGAUCAAUAGGGCAGUGUAUGCGAUUAUUUGCUUCUUGUUUCAUGCCAAGUUAGUGCUCUUUGGGCAUGCUCUUCACACUAUUAUCUACUUGGUCUGCAAGUCCUACCAUAAUGAAAAUAUUUACAAGUUGGCUUUAUCAGAUCACCUUGAAGCUUAUUCUGAUCAUCAGGACUAUGCACCUUUGAAGGGGGAGGAUGUUAAGCCCGGGCAACUCUCGGUUUGAUCUUCUUUCGUCUAUAGAUACCAAAAUUAGGCAGCUGUAAUGUUUGUUUAAUUAUGGAUAUCUAUAUAGGAGUGAGACUAUGAUGAUAAAUGAAUCAAGUCUGUACCUAAUUCGAAUGAAUAAUAAGUCAAUUGCUGGAAUUGAGUACCUAAUGUCUUACUUCGUCUGAUAAAAUUAAA